ACAGACAGGUCGUUUCAGCCAACCAGGCGGCAGCAGCUGCGAGCGCCCCCUGCCGGCAUCCCGGAGCCAUUGGCUCCUCGCAGGGAGUGGAGGUGCUCCGUUAUUAAUGACCACCGAGCUGGCAGCACCAUGUCAGCGCGACAGCUGAUGGGGUGAGCGAUGCACCACUAGCCAACUACCAUGGAGUCGGGGAGCAGGCCCGUGAGCCCCGGGGACCGGUCCUGUCGGUGCGGGGAGCCCCAGCCGGCCGACUGAGCGCGAUUCCGGGACGGGCGAGGCCGUCCGAGCGCCAGCGGCCCGCCUCCCUUCCCAUCGGGGAGCGCCGAGCUGGAGGCAGGCGUGUGGGCGCGCGUGCACACCUACAGCACAUGCCUGUGUGUACUCGAUCACACACACGCACCUCUUCACGCCCGGCAGGAACACGGCCAUGUGAUGCCCGCAGCUCGGGAGCCGGCCGAUCCACACGCAGAGGCGCCGAGGUGCUGCUGUGCUCGCCGCGCCGGCUUCGCAAGCGUCACGCUGCUCUUCCUGCAAGUACCGAACCAGGACGGGAUUUGAAUAUGACACUCCUAAAUAAAUGAAUUACUCCAUCUCCUAUGACCAUCUAUUCACACUCCGUCUUCAGAGCACGUCUCGGUCUCCCACCACAGUGGCGGCAGCGGCCUGCUGUUGUCCAACAUGUGUGACAUUUCCGGACAGGGCAACUGGGGUGCCGGCACGUAGUCCCACGACAGAAGACGCUGCAGGUCUACGGUGUUCACCGCUGGACACAUGCCGCCACUUUCCUCGUCAGUCAGCUCUCGCUGAACCUACUGGCAGUGACUGCGGAAUCCUUCUGGGCCCGUUCCGUUGCUGAAGAGGAAAGCUAAGAUGAAGGGCAUGCCACUCCGAAUGCACGUGCUACUCGGCCUAGCAAUCACGACACUGGUGCGCGCUGCAGACCAGAAAGCGGAUUGCCCACAGUUAUGCACGUGUGAAAUCAGGCCUUGGUUUACGCCCCGAUCCACUUAUAUGGACGCCUCUACUGUGGACUGUAACGAUUUAGGUCUUUUAAAUGUCCCAGCCAGGCUUCCUGCUGACACACAGAUUCUGCUCCUGCAGACUAACAACAUUGCCAAAAUUGAACACACUAUAGACUUUCCGGUGAACCUGACGGGCCUGGACUUAUCACAAAACAAUUUAUCUUCAGUCACCAAUCUUAAUGUCAGAAAGAUGCCUCAGCUCCUUUCUGUGUACCUAGAGGAGAACAAGCUCACAGGGCUGCCUGACAAAUGUCUGUCGGGACUGAGCCACUUACAAGAACUGUAUAUUAAUCACAACUUGCUCUCUGCAAUUUCGCCAGGAGCCUUUAUCGGCCUACACAAUCUUCUCCGGCUUCAUCUCAAUUCGAAUAGAUUGCAGAUGAUUGACAGCAAGUGGUUUGAUGCUCUUCCCAAUCUGGAGAUUUUGAUGAUUGGGGAGAAUCCAAUCAUCAGAAUCAAAGACAUGAACUUUAAGCCACUUAUCAAUCUUCGCAGCCUGGUUAUAGCUGGUAUAAACCUCACGGAAAUACCAGAUGACGCCUUGGUGGGGCUUGACAACUUAGAGAGCAUCUCUUUUUAUGACAACCGGCUCAUGAAAGUGCCCCACGUUGCUCUUCAAAAAGUUGCAAACCUCAAAUUUUUGGAUCUCAAUAAGAACCCCAUUAAUCGAAUCCGGAGAGGCGACUUCAGCAACAUGCUGCACUUGAAGGAAGUGGGGAUAAAUAACAUGCCCGAGCUGGUUUCCAUCGACAGUCUGGCCGUGGACAACCUGCCAGAUUUAAGAAAAAUAGAAGCGACUAACAACCCCAGGUUGUCUUACAUCCACCCCAAUGCAUUCUUCAGGCUGCCCAAGCUGGAGUCCCUCAUGCUGAACAGCAACGCCCUCAGCGCCCUGUACCACGGUACGAUCGAGGCCCUGCCCAGCCUCAAGGAGAUCAGCAUACACAGCAACCCCAUCAGGUGCGACUGUGUCAUCCGCUGGAUCAAUAUGAACAAAACCAACAUCCGAUUUAUGGAGCCAGAGUCCCUGUUCUGUGUGGACCCACCUGAAUUCCAAGGCCAAAAUGUCCGGCAGGUCCAUUUCCGGGAAAUGAUGGAAAUCUGUCUCCCUCUUAUAGGGCCGGAGAGCUUUCCUUCCAACCUGGACUUAGAAACUGGGAGCUAUGUUUCCUUACACUGCAGAGCGACAGCGGAGCCACAGCCCGAAAUCUACUGGGUGACACCGUCUGGUCAGAAGCUCUUGCCUAACACUCUGAUGGACAAGUUCUAUGUUCAUUCUGAAGGCACGCUAGAUAUAAGUGGUAUAACCCUGGCAGAAGGGGGGCUAUACACUUGCAUAGCAACUAAUCUGGUUGGUGCUGACUUAAAGUCCGUUAUGAUCAAAGUGGAUGGUUCUUUUCCCCAGGAUAACAAUGGAUCCUUGAACAUUAAGGUAAAAGAUGUUCAGGCCAAUUCAGUUCUGGUGUCUUGGAAGGCAAGUUCUAAGAUUCUCAAAUCCAGUGUGAAGUGGACAGCCUUUGUCAAGACAGACAAUUCCCAUGCCGCCCAAAGUGCGCGAAUACCUUCUAGUGUCAAGGUUUAUAAUCUCACUCAUCUGAACCCAUCGACUGAGUAUAACAUUUGUAUUGAUGUCCCCACCGUCUAUCAGAAACACAGAAAACAGUGUGUUAAUGUCACCACAAAGGGGUUGGACCCUGAUCAAAAAGAAUAUGAAAAGAAUGACAUCACAACAUUAAUUGUCUGCCUUGCGGGCUUUCUGGGGAUUGUCAGCAUGACAGGUCUUUGCAGCUGGCUCUCUAAUAAAAUGAACUGUGAUACCGGACAAAACUAUGUGAGGAGUUACUUACAGAAACCAGCCUGUAAGUUCAGCGAGCUUUACCCUCCUCUGAUCGACCUCUGGGAAGCAGGCAAAGAAAAAAGUACAGCAUUGGAGGUGAAAGCAACUGUUAUAGGUGUGCCAACUGAUGUAUCUUAAAAACAACUGACUAAAUCUACUUCAGAGAAAAGCUGAAGAGUGAAGUUGUGCUUGGGGGAAAAGAGCAUAGAAAUAUUACUUUCUAGAAGAAAGUUUAAGCUUCACCGAUGCUGCUCCUGACCAAUGGAAAUUGUACAAGUUCAGCAUUUUAAUUUACCGGCUUCAAAGGGUACUGUGGCAACCAAAUAAGAUAAUUCCAUUUUCUAGAACUUUCAUGUAACUUUUAUGUCUGGACUGCAGUUACAGUGGACGAAAACAUUUCUGUAUUUUUUUUUAAGUAUAAGAGAGUAGUUGAACUGAGCAAUACCUCCGACUGUGUUGUAUUACACAUAUUAGCCACGAGUUUUCACAGUGACCAGAUGAACUUGAAUUGACACGUGGUGUAAUAAAAUGGACAAAUUCUGUAGAAUAGACACAGUGAGUAUGUGGACCUCUUUUAUAAGAAAAAAUACAUUUUGGAUUAAAAUCAAUUGCUUUUGUCUUGUUUUUGUUUUUAAAUAAAGAAUAA